UCCCUCCGCACCUCUUACAGAUUCUGGGUUUUCCCAGUCACGAUCAGCAUCUCAUUUUUCCCUCCCUAUUUUUGUCUUGAAAUAUUCUAUGUGUUUAUUGUUUUGAGGCCCCUAUUUGUGAAAUUUUCGUCCCUUUCUCCCAUCAUGUCGUCUCUUUUGAGGGAAGAGAUGCAGAGAGUUUUAUUUCGACCUGCAAAGCACAGACUUGUGGAGUUUAUUGAAAUCGAAGAGCCAACGCCUGGAAGGCAUUUUCUCUGCGUCUCAGUUGGACAAAAAAAGGUGGUGCAGUUAAGCAUAGUGCACUGUCAGAUCUCUCAGUCAACCCGAAAAUCUGGAUCCAAGAAGUUACAAACCAAACGUUCCAGCAUCCAGGACUGCUACAAGAGGACAGAGAUCUGGCCCCUGCAAGACCUGACUCUUGUUGAUGGAAGAGAUCCUGAUGUGGAUGACUCCUGCUUCCUGCUGCACUUCGAUGAGGUGCGUACAGUGACGGCCGUCACCUGCUCUGCCAAAUACACGAUGGUGCGUGCCCUGGUUGCCCUCUGUGACCGCUACUGUGAGAGGCCGCUAAAUCUGCAGAACUUUGACUUCCCUUACAUCAAGCCCUCCACCUACUACUCCAACAGAGGGGACUGUGUCGUUCUGUCCCAGAUAUGCUUCUAUGCAUGCAAUUUGGUUUGCUUGUCUAUGUGUCCAGUGCCACUGGACGCCUAACAACACAUCUUCUGUGUGUUUCUCUAUAGUGUGUGAGCAUUGUUGUGCUGUAGCUAAUGUUCUGUGUGUGUAAUUCUGGUCAAACGCAAGUAUGUUUCAAUUGGGUUUAUAUUGGUUAUUUAUUUUUGCAUUACUGCUCUUUUAACCGUAUGUUCAUGACAAACAAGUUUUAGACUGAUAUUUGUAGGACAUCUUUUGUACUUAGUGUUUAAUUAUGUGAUCCAUUAGAGUCCACUAAAAAUGACAUUCACAGUAAAACAAAAUGAACUAUAGAAGACAAAUAUA